CAUUAGAAUCAGUUCGAAUCGUAGUCUUUUACAUCAAACAGUUGAAAAUGAACAACGUUUUCGUUAUUUGUUUCAUCGCUCUUUUCGGUUUCGUUCUGUGUCGGCCCGAUGAAAAAUACACUAGCAAAUAUGAUAAUGUUGAUGUUGACGAAAUUCUGAAAAGUGAAAGAUUGUUGAAUAACUAUUACAACUGUAUCAUGACUGGAGAAGCAUGCACUCCUGAUGGAAAAGAGCUGAGAAUGAACAUGCCAGACGCCCUGAAGACAGGAUGUUCCAAAUGUACCGAUAAGCAGAAGGGGAUGUCCAAGAAAGUAGUGAAUUUCCUGUUGGAGAAAAAACCAGACAUGUACAAGAAACUCGAGGAUAAAUUCGACCCUGAAGGUGUCUACAGGAUGAAGUACAAAGCCGAAUUGGAAGCUGAAGGUAUCAAACUCUCCAGGAAAUGAAGGAUAACGAACUAAUGAUGAUGACUUGCUAUUUCUGAUAAUGAAUGUUCUGAUUUUCUUAAUUGAUGUAAUGUUUUAUUCCAUUAAACCAGCAUUUUAAAAAAUUCA